UAGGUGAAGGUCUUUCCCAACAGGGAAUCGUUGCCCUCUGUUUUUCUUGUGUAUCUUCACACCUUGGCCUUGGAGUAAUAAGUGACUGUGUUUAUACCAAAUAUUUCCUUAUACAGCCUAGAAUCCCUCUUGAUUCUAGAAUAAUACUCUACUGCCAUGGCGUUAAACCUUGCAUCAAUUACUGCCAGAAGUUUCGGAUCGAAACUCCCUCAAGUUUCUUCAGUCUGUGUGAGAUACAAGUCAGAUAAAGAACAGCAUGAACCUAAACAUGAUCUUAUUAACCGUUCUCGUGUCAGAGGGAUCGACAUACUGCGCAACCCUAAAUUGAACAAGGGUACUGCAUACACUCUUAGAGAAAGGCAGUUGAUGGGCAUCCAUGGUCUUGUGCCACCGUGUGUUCGAACAAUGGAGGAGCAAAAAAUUCGUGUGCUGACAAAUUUUGCCAAGCGAAGCAGUGACCUCGACCGAUUUAUUUAUCUAAUGUCAUUGCAGGAUCGAAAUGAGAAGUUGUUUUACAAAGUCCUGACCGAGAAUGUAGAACAAAUGAUGCCCAUUGUGUAUACACCCACAGUUGGAUUGGCCUGUCAGCAGUAUGGUGUUGUGUUUCGUAGACCAAGAGGCUUAUUCAUCUCCAUUAAAGACAAAGGUCACAUCUAUGAUAUUUUGUGCAACUGGCCAGAGAGAAAUGUGAAGGCCAUUGUCGUUACAGAUGGAGAGAGAAUCUUGGGACUCGGAGAUUUGGGAGCUUACGGGAUGGGAAUCCCUGUUGGUAAGCUGUCCCUUUAUACAGCUUUAGGAGGCAUCAACCCGGCCAAGUGUCUCCCCAUUCUCCUGGAUGUAGGAACUAAUAACAAGAAACUUCAUGACGAUCCAUUGUAUAUUGGUAGAAAUCAGAAGAGAGUCACUGGGCAGGAGUAUGAUGAUUUUAUUGAUGAAUUCAUGCAGGCUGUGGCCAGAAGGUAUGGCUAUGGCUGCCUGAUACAGUUUGAAGACUUUGGCAACCAAAAUGCUUUCCGCUUCUUGGAGAAGUACAGAAAUAAAUACUGUACAUUCAAUGAUGACAUCCAAGGUACGGCUUCUGUUGCUGCUGCUGGUGUCUUUGCUAGUUUGAGAAUCACUGGUAAAAAACUGGAAGACAACAAAUAUUUGCUGCUGGGAGCUGGAGAAGCAAACAUUGGCAUUGCCCAGUUACUUGUGCUGGCUAUGACUGAGUCUGGUAUUCCAGUGCAAGAAGCCAGAAACAAGAUUUGGCUCAUUGACUCCAAGGGUCUGUUGGUCAAAAAUCGUCCUAAUCACCCUGUAACAGGCCAUAAAAAAGACUUUGCUAAAGAUUUCAAACCCAUGACCAACUUGGAAGAAAUUGUGAACGAGCUGAAACCUACAGCAUUAAUUGGGGCUUCUGCCCAACCUGGAGCCUUCAAUGAAAAUGUCAUUCGUUCAAUGGCCAAACACAACGCCCGGCCUGUUAUCUUUGCUUUGAGUAAUCCCACAAGCAUGGCUGAGUGCACUGCUGAGCAGGCUUACUCUUUGACUGAAGGGCGUGCUGUCUUUGCCAGCGGAAGUCCUUUCCCUCAGUACAACCACAAUGGACAGAUUUUCCAUCCAGGUCAAGGUAACAAUGCUUACAUUUUCCCUGGUGUCGCCCUCGGCAUACUUACCUGUGGAAUCAGACAUGUGUCAGAUCUAGUCUUCUUGAGAGCCGCUCAGAAACUAGCUACUCUGGUAACGGAGGAUCACCUCAAAGAAGGCAGACUCUACCCGCCAUUGAACACUGUCCAGGACGUCUCCUUAAAAAUUGCUACUGACCUAGCCGAGUAUGUGUACAAGAACAACAUGGCCUCUGCCUACCCUGAGCCAGCUGACAAGGAGGCCUACAUUCGUUCAUUUAUGUAUGAUCCUGAGUAUGAAAGCUUCGAGCCUGAAACAUGGGACUGGCCCGACAACUAGACAUGAACCACAGCUGUAGUGCACUGUUCUAUAACAACUGACAUGUCAUACUUUUAUUAAUACAUGUAGAGUAAUCCUAUUCACUAUAGAUAAGUCUGUGGAGGUUAUAUUUCCAAAUAGUUUGGAAAAUGUUAAACUUCAUUAGAAUUAAUAUAAUGCUCAAUAUAUAAAUGACAAAUGUGUAUACUACAUGGCUUUACUGUAUUUUUGUUUGUUUUGUAUUGUGAGUAUUUGGAUUUGGUGAUCAUUUAGAUUUGGUGAUUUAACCAGUAACUCUAGUAUCAGUCUAGCUUGGUUUACUAACACUGCCUGAAAGGGACUUUGGUCACUGUCUUUGGCUUGGUCUCCUCCACAGUUUGUUCAAUGUUUCAGGGGCUAGAGAAGUUUUGUUUUAGCGUGCUUGAUUUUGUGAUAUUAUAUUUCAAUAUGAGAUUCUUUUUUUUUUUUCUUUUCAAAAACUCAUUGUAUUCAGUUUAAUUAAAAAAAGACAAAUCAAUUAUCUUUUGUUUUAAUGCUUUUUGUUUUGUUUAAACUUUCCAAACAGGAAUUGGUUCAAAUUUUGCAUUGACAUUUUUCUCCUUGUUUUUUUUUUUGCUAUGACAUUUAUUAUACAUACAAGUUUAUUAUAAGAACCACACUGAUCACACAAUGACAAGGUACUUAAUGUGUUGUAUAUUUAAACUUCAAAGUUAGGCUAGUCUUUGAAAUCUUGAUACUGCCCUCCCAAUACUAAGCCAUACAUGAAUAGAUAUUUAUAGUAUUUUUUUUUCUCAAUUUCUUGUUCAUGCAUAAUUCAAUAAGUUUUAUAUUUGACAACAAAUUAUGAAGAUAUUUGUUGCUUCAAAGCAAAAUUUUGCAAUAGAUUUUGUUUUGUCAUAUGAAUACUAUUCUCAUGUAUGUAUUAAUUCUAUAAAUUAAAGAUAUAUAUAUAUAAACAUGGUCUCAAAAAGACUUUUUAUGACUUAUGAAUAUUCUUUGCAAAUGUCUACAAAUUGUAUAUCCAUAGUCGCUAUAUCACUUAAAUUCUUUAGUAAAUUUUUUGUGUAUUCUUAUGGAAACUUGUAUCUGUGAUAGACAGGAAAAAGGAUAAAUUGAUUUUUAAUUUAUUUGUUUAUUUUCAUAAUUUUUUUAAAAAAUUUAUUGCUUGUCUUUUUUUUUUUCUUUUAUCAUUAUGGAAUGAGGUACAUAUAAAUCUAAUUUUUACAAGGUAUUAAAGAAUUCCUGUCCAAAACAGUUUUCACACAAAGAACUGUGAAGCCUGGAUAAUAAGGAAACGCUCUUUGUGACCUGAGAAUCUCAUUAUUGGCAAUCCUUUAUCAGUGUUUAUGAAUUUACUUAGUCAUAUUUUGUUUCGUUUAUCUCAUGUAGUGUUGUAGUUCUUUGUUUAGUUUAAUCCUAAAUUUUCAUUGACAAGCGAUGAACAUUUAUUUUGAAGGGCAUUGUCUCAAAGGGUGAUCAAGUUUUGAUUUAGUGUUUUGAGCCAGCAAGUAAUAAAACACAAAACAUCUGCGUCCAUUAUCAAAAAGUAGAAUUUUAAAAAAAAAAAUUUUCCCUCCCUAAGUAUUAAAACCUAAUUCUAAGUUUUUGUUUUUGCAUGAACAUUCCAGAAAGAGGCCAUGCUUGUACCUAGUCUAAAUAAAGAUGCUCAAAUAGAAGGGAUCAUAUUGAAGACCACUUCCAUUAAGCAAUGGGUACACUUGAUCAAGUUUUAUUUCAGUGGGGCAUUUCUGCCCUGGUAGUUUUUAACACUUUUGGUUCAUUAAAAAAUUUUUUAAAUUGAAAAAACAAAAGAUGUCGCUACUCUUUUACAUUCAGAUUUAAAAAAAAAAUCAGUAUAUUGAUUUGUGGGUUGAAGUUAUUAAAUGGCAGUAUGUGCUUGUAUGUCUUGUCAUUUGAUAUAGACAGGAAAUAGUGUUAAGUUUUUUAAAGUUCUUUUUUUUUUUGCUUUUUUUCAUGCUGUGCCAUGCUCAGUGGGCUAGGGUUCAAUCCCUUGUAGAAAUGUUUAGGGUGGAGGAGGGAAGUAGCUGGGGAGAAGGUUUCCCUGCUGCCCUUUUGGCAUCCAGCUGACACAACUCAGGUCAAACUGGGAUUUGAACUCAAGAUCUCUUGCUAGGUAGCCACAGUUUUUAUACCACACAGUCAACCCCCACAGUUAAUUAUCUUCAUUGCACACAAGUUUUGUAUUUGUUUUAGAGUCGAGGUGAUCCAUCAAUCAUCAGUGUCAAUGCUGUCUUUUUUUUUUGUCAAGACUAUUAUCAUUGCUCCUGACCACUGCUGUAUCUGUCCGAUUCCAUGUAAUCAUCCCUCACUCUGUUGUGACUGUGUUUGCAUCCACCAUCAUCAUUUGUCAUGGUCUGAAGUUUGUAGACAUUGAAAGUUGAAUAAAUUUUAUCUUUAUGA